AAUUAUGUUUUUAUUACUUAUGCUCCUACAAAAAGGCCAACAAAAAGAAAAACUAAAUCUCCCAUGAUGCCGUGCGUUUCCUCCGCUAUCUCGCGCCUUUCCAUCUUGUUCCUCCCGAGAGCUCAGCGCCGUAGUUGUUGUUGUGGCAUGUAAUAAUGGCGGCAGCAGGAGGCGGAUUACUAGCCUCGGCUGCUGUAGCGACCAUAAACACCUCCGCCACAGUUCGCUGCCGUUUCCCAGGUCGGCCAUGGACGUCUCGGAGCCUGCUGAAGACGGAGAAACGCUCUCAUGUCGUUCGGGUGAGGACUGAGGAUGAAAAAGGGCCAAGGCCCGUCGACGUUAGAGCUACGCUGAGAGAGGAUCCGUCACUGUCGCGCCUGCUCGGGCUGGCGGAGAAACACAGGCGCCAGCGCGAGGCGGGAUUCUGCACGAGCGGGAGCGAUGAGGAGGGAGACUUCACAGGCUUUAAAGUGGAUGGUCAAUGUUCCUUGCAUUCUGGACAAAGCUUAUCAAGCAGUCUCCUUAAACUGGCAUCCUCACAGGUGAAGCUGGUGAACCUGGUGAAAGGCAAAAGAUUUUCCAGAACUGACCAAAAAUCUGCAAUGCCCAAAAUGGUUGUUAAAAUGGCAGCCAAAAAAGUGACCAAAAAAGUAACUGAACGGGUACAAAAGCCAUCUGUGGAUAAAGGUGCACAAUUGAAACAGGGCAGCUCAAGUAAGAGAAAUUGCAGAGUACUCAGGAACCAGAGAGAGGGAACAUGUGUCUCCUCAAAGACAGGAAAUUAUGUAAAUAUGGAAGGGGCUUUUGGAGAGGCGGAGAUCACUAGAAAGACAAAGAAGUGCAGUUCCAGUGCAGUAGACAGACGGACAAGGCAGGGAAAAUUAGUGUGGACUUUAACACUGGUUAAAGGUAAAGAGCGAGCCUCCAGAGUUAAAGACCAAAGAGCUUCAACAGAAUAUGCUAAGACCCACAGGAACAAGACCAAGGGAAUGACUGGUAGUGAUCAGGCAGGUGCUGUAUCUUCAAAACCAAUGGCCAAACAGAGAAGGGGCAGAAAGUCAGACACAAAUGAGGAGCCUCUUAGUUCUCUUGGUGGAGAUGCAGGAGUGUCUUUUAGCGACAGUUCUUCCCAAAAGAAGCCUUUUGUAAGGCAACAAAGGUUACUGCAACAGGACAGUCAAGGACAGACCCCUAGCAUGCAAAGAAAGAGACAGCAGCUUGCUCUACAGACAGACUCUACACAUGCGCUCCAACCGAUGGAAGGACAGGAACAGACACUUGGAGAGAUUGAGCGAUCCAGCUCUGGAGGCCAAGCUAAACAGCCUAAACACUCAACCAGACCAAUUGUUAGUGCUCGAUCUUCUCGGGUCAUCAAGGUCCCUAAGAGGUUCAUGGAUGAUGAGCGCAUGUCUGCGCUCCCAGAAAGAGGGUCCCCGAAGAAACCAGCUCUUAAUGAGAUCCCAAUGGUUCUCGGUAAACCGAGUGUUGAGCUGCAAAGACUUGAUUCUGGAAGCAAGCUGAAGACCGCACAGGAAUCGCCGAUCCUAAACAAUGAGGAAAAAUGUGUUUCCGAAAAGGUGCAAUCUCAGGGCGUCAAACCCAUUUUGAGUUCCUCUAGGCUCUCUGGUGGUCCUCGUGGGAGGGGUGGGAGACUCGGUCAAUCCAUGGACCGCUGUAAGGUAUACUGGAAGUUGAAGAAGCUCACAGCAUGCCUGGCAAAACGAAGGAUGCAGCGAAUUGCUAGUGCAAGCUCCAUGCUAACAGAGGUCUGUGCUGAGGGAGAGACCCAUGAUGAGGAAAGAAGAAAGUCUGAUCUCAAAUUGCAGGACAUGUGUUCUCCAGGGGUGGUACCAAAAGUAGCCAUUCAUGUUGGGGAACUUUCAGGUCAGACGCCACUUUCAUCUUUGGCAAAAUGCUCAUAA